CAUCCGUUGACAUAUCCUCGACUCCAAAAUAUGAUGGAUUAGCAUUGAGCUAACAGAAAAGCCCAUCCACAUGAACGAGGUGUCGGGACAGUACUUCAGGACGAGCUAAAAUGCGGAAGAGGGACCAAAUGAAGUGACAGCCCCGAACAUCCCGACUCGGUCAGUAAGUCCUCGGUGUUAGCACGCUUUUUGAAUUGGCACGUUUGAAUGUGUCAUUACGUCAAGAGCCUCUUUAUAACAGUCUUCCUUAAAGAGUAGCUCCCAUGUGCUUCAUUCAAACAGCAAGGACAGUAAGGACUGGGCAGCUCGAUAUAGAAGAUGGCAACAAAAAGCCGAUAUUGGCUGCAGAGAGUGUUCAGUGGACUCAGAUCUCGCGCUGUUUGGGACCAGAGCUCAGCCUCGACCUCGAGUCAAGGACGCCUGCUGUGGAAACCUCAGCUCAGACAGCUGAGCUGCUCACACACACGCUGCAGGGCUCAUCCUCCGAGCACAGGUCCCAGCAGUCUGUCCUUCAGGAGUCACACCUGUGGAGAACUGAGAUCCCAUCAUGUGGGAGAGAAGGUCUCUCUGUGUGGCUGGGUCCAGUACCUCAGGCAAGACCUGUUUGUCAUCAUGCGAGAUUUCAGCGGCUUGACACAAGUUCUGAUCCCUCAGGAAGAAGUAAGGAUGGAAACAAUUCAACUACCAGUAUACAGUUCUGCGAGUAAUUUGAAAGCGGCGCUGUGCGAUCUCACAACCGAGUCUGUCGUCAAGGUUACAGGAACAGUCAGACGACGACCAGCGGGGCAGGAGAACAAGAACAUGCCAACGGGAGAAAUAGAAAUCCUGGCUGAGAGCCUGGAGGUUUUCAACGUGUGCCAGAAGUUGCCUUUUGAAAUUAAAGACUUUGUCAAAAAAUCCGAGUCUUUGCGGAUGCAGUACCGCUACCUGGACCUGAGGUCCUCUGUGCUGCAGAAGAACCUGAGACUGAGAUCUCAGCUGGUGAUGAAGAUGAGAGAAUACCUCUGUAAUGUGCACGGUUUUGUGGAUGUGGAAACUCCGACCUUGUUUAAAAGAACACCAGGGGGAGCCAAAGAGUUUGUGGUUCCGUCCAGAGAGCCGGGCCGAUUCUACUCUCUGCCCCAGAGUCCACAGCAGUUUAAACAGCUCCUAAUGGUGGCUGGCAUAGACAGGUACUUCCAGAUGGCCCGGUGCUACCGAGAUGAAGGCUCCAAACCUGACCGGCAGCCUGAGUUUACCCAGGUAGACAUAGAAAUGUCUUUUGUGGACCAGGCCGGUAUCAUGUCCCUGGUGGAGGGAUUGUUACAGUACUCCUGGCCUACGGAGAAUGGGCCCAUUAAGGUUCCUUUCCAAACCAUGACCCAUGAAGAAGCCAUGAGGGACUACGGUGUGGACAAGCCUGACACCAGAUUCAGUAUGAAGCUGCUCGACCUCAGUCAGGUUUUCUUAUCCACGGACAUUGAGUUCCUCAGAUCAGCUCUCAGCCAACCAGGAGGCUCCGUUCAGGCCAUCUGUGUCCCCAGUGGAGCGAAACUAAUGUCUGGCAAAGAUUUGGAAGAACUGAAACAAACCGCUAAGACUCAGUUCAACCAGGAGCUCAGCGUGCUGCUGGUCAAAGCAGACGGGACAUUGAAGUCUCCUCUAAAGAAGCUGCUAUCUGUCUCAGUCACCGAUGAGCUGCUGCAGAGGACUGGAGCCAGACCAGGAGACCUGCUGCUGAUGGCAGCUGGUUCCCUCCACACUGUGCGCCCGAUGCUGGGUAAUCUUCGUCUGCAGUGUGCAGAGCUGCUGGAGUCUCGUGGCGUUUCAAUCCGCGACCCCUCAGCCUUCCACUUCCUGUGGGUUGUGGACUUCCCUCUGUUUUUGCCCAAAGAAGAGGAGCCAGAGCAGCUAGAGUCAGCCCAUCAUCCAUUUACUGCUCCACUGCCAGAGGACACACAGCUACUCUACACAGAGCCACAGAAGGUACGUGGUCAGCACUAUGACCUGGUGUUAAAUGGCUGUGAGAUUGGUGGAGGCUCCAUCCGCAUCCACAAGGCCUCAGAACAGCUUUAUGUCCUAAAGAGUAUCCUUAAGGAGGACCCCAGUCUUCUCUCUCACCUGCUGGAGGCUCUGGACUCAGGAGCACCACCACAUGGAGGAAUUGCUUUGGGUUUGGACCGGCUGGUCUCCAUUGUGGUCGGGGCUCCCAGCAUCCGUGACGUCAUUGCCUUCCCCAAGUCGUUCCGGGGUCACGACCUUAUGAGCUGCGCCCCUGACUUGGUGUCUGAGGAGGAGCUGAAGUCUUACCACAUCUCUGUCAAAUGGCCCCCACAGCGAGGAGGUGGAGGGGAAGAGGGGAAGUGAGGAGGAAACGAAGGAAGAG